AUGUCACUGUUCUUAUCAGAAAAAGAGCCUUUAUUGGCAAGAACUAGGAAAUUGGAAGAGGAAGAUGAGAUUUCAACCCACACAUCACUGUCCCAAACCUUUUUCAAAUCUAUGUUCAAUCCGUUCCAAGUUUGUUUUCCCAUCAGUUUGAGACAAUCAGCAAGUAACACAUUUAUCCAAGACGGCAAUGAUAUCAUUGAUUACUCGGAUGAUGACGAUCCUUUACCGGAUUUGCCUUCUGUGCAAGGCUCCUAUCCCUUAUCAACACUCAGUCCUGCCGAACGUUUGUUGGGUUUGAGAAGACAAAUGCGCAAACACAAGAUUGGAGUUUACAUUAUUCCCUCUGAAGACGAGCACCAUUCAGAAGAAACUGCAUUAGCUGAUAAAAGACGCGAGUUUAUAUCUGGUUUCACGGGAAGCGCUGGUGUUGCAGUUGUAACCUUGACGGAUCCUGAAAGACUUACAGGUGAAGCGAUUUUGUCAACUGAUGGUAGGUACUUUUUGCAAGCACAGAAACAGCUAGACCCCAAGCUAUGGAAAUUGAAUAAACAAAACACCCUCGGGUAUCAACUCUGGUACCAAUAUGCAAUCAAAGCAGCAGUCGUUAAUGAUUUCAGUAAUGUUCUUUCUUGUGAUCCAAGAACGCUUAGUCUCUCUUUAGGAGAAUUCUUCAAUAACAGCCCUUCUGAUUUCCAAUUUAAACCAUUUUCUGAAGUUAACCUUGUUGAUGAGGUUUGGGGGGCUGAAAAGCCAAAGAGGUCUUUGGGACCCAUCUACCAAUGGGAAUUAAAGUACAGUGGGGAACACUCCAACGACAAGAUUAAAAGAGUUCGGGCAAUUUUGAAAGAGAAGAGUGGUACACACUAUUUGGUGACUGAGCUUGACAGCAUUGCAUGGUUGUUCAACUUGCGAGCUGACACAGACAUACCCUUUGCUCCUGUGUUUUUUUCCUACGCUAUCGUGACACUAACAUCUGUAACUUUGUAUGUGGAUCAUCAAAAAUUGGAUAACAGUGGUCCCAGCUUGAAGGAAUAUUUGUCAACCAUAGAAGAUUUGACUGUUGCCGAAUACGAAGACUUUUAUCAUGAUGCUGCUCAAUUACAUGCAACUGCAUUUGAACCUAGUUUGAAGAUCGUUCUUCCAACUAAAGAGGCAACAUCGUGGGCAUUGUAUGACAUAAUUCCUGACUCAUUCAGCAAACGCUUUAUUAUCCACGAAUCGAUAAUUGCCAACCUCAAAAUUUUCAAAAACAAGACAGAAUCACAUAAUGCAAAAAUUGCUCAGUACAAGGACUCGCUUGCUUUUAUCAUGUUGACAUCUUGGUUAGAGCACCAGUUACUCAACAAGCAUGUGAAAGUGUCCGAGUACGAUGCAUCGAGGAAAAUUUACAGCAUUAGGAAGAACCUACCCAAUUUUAAAGGUUUAAGCUACGAAACAAUCUCUCUGACGGGUCCAAAUGCCGCAAUAAUCCACUAUGCUCCCUCCAAAUAUCAAAGUGAAACUAUUGACCCCGCAAAAGUGUAUUUGUUGGACUCCGGGGCACAUUAUUUAGAGGGAACAACUGAUAUAACGAGAACCUACCUUUUUGACAGAUCUGCAGCAACAGACGAACUUAAGAAGUAUUACACUCUUGUUUUGAAAGGACACUUGGCUGUUGCUAUGGCAAAAUUCCCAGCAAAGUCAAGGGGAACAGGAAUUGUGUUGGACUCGUAUUCUCGCCAACCCUUGUGGAAUCAUGGACUUGAUUAUGCACAUGGGCUUGGGCAUGGUGUAGGAAGCUUUGGUUUGGUUCACGAAGGGCCUUUGUAUAUUCUGCCCACGGUAAACAACACAAGCAAGUUAGACUUAUUUCAGCCCGGUGCCAUAUUGACUGACGAACCUGGUUACUAUGUUGACGGCGAAUUUGGUUUUAGAGUCGAAAGUGAAUUGGAAGUCAUCGAAUUUGAUGACUCCUUUGGGAAAACCAAAAACGGCGAAAAGUUCUUGGGAUUCAAGUAUUUAACAAAAGUUCCCUUUGCAAAGCUGUUGAUCGAUACAAAGUAUUUGUCGCAGAUUGAGAUACAGUGGAUAAAUGACUACCAUCAGAGCAUUUGGGACGAUUUUAGCGAAAAAUUGCUAGAGUUAAAUAACAGACGGGCGUAUAAUUGGUUGCACAAGGAGACUAGCCCCAUAUCUUAA